GAACCUUAAUUCGCAGUAGUUAAAAUGUUAGUAAAUGCACAGUAUUUUUUGUUCUCCUCCUUGCUUGUUUUAAGUGGAGUAUAUAGUGAAUCCAUUAAGGGGGUGGAUGGGAAAAUUAAAGUUCUAGAAAGGAAAAUUGAGAACUUAAGUGCUUUAGUACUUAACCUUAAUACUGAAAACGAACAUUUGAAGAACAGAGUGAAUACACUUGAGUAUAUCGUCAGAAAAACGAAGAUAAUGAAGGGGAAACAAUAAGAGAGGAACUAGAAAAAGUUGUGCAGGAGACCGGAAUUUUAAAAGAUGACAAAGGAAUGAGGAACAAAAAGUUAAAGUUCGAGGGUGCCAAUAAAGAAAACAAUUUCCCCAACCCAUCGAAGACUGAACCUGGGCUAGUACAAAAAAGGAUAGUUCCAGUCACUUCAUUGCCUAUCCAAGUAAUAGCUUUUCAUGCCUAUAUACCAAAGGAUAGCCCGGGUCCAUUGCCUGCGCACCAUAUUCUUAAGUUUGACGUCGUUCCACUAUACAAAGGAAACGGUUACAAUAAAGCCGAUGGUAUAUUCAUUGUUCCGGUGUCAGGAACUUACGUCUUUACUUGGGCUAUUAUGUCGCAUGCUCACGGCACCGUUGGCACCCAACUGAUGAAAAACUCGGACGUUAUUGGGACGCGACUUGCUGACUCGACUACUUCUACUGUGUGGGAUUUCGCUACAGGAACAGUGGCAGCUAAUGCGGUUCAGGGAGACCAUGUCUUCGUUCAGCUCAAGAUAAAUUCUGCAGGAAACGUGGGCAGCAUUCCAUACAGCAGGACCACGUUUUCUGGAUGGCUUUUACACUAAACGGUUUGAUAAAAAAAAAACC